AUGGCCGCCAUUGCUAACAGGAUUAGCUCUGAUACAGCGAGGUACGAAAAUGUAGCAAUUCAACUCCAUGAAGACGACGACGAAGAAGAAGAUGAUGGUGAUGAUGAUGAAACUAAGAAUAAUGAAAAAUCCGAGCCAGACGAAGAUGUUGAAUCCAAUAUGUCCUCAUUUGAAGCUCUUUUAGAAACAGAGAUUGAACCAAAAUCAGAUCAAAAGCAGGAAAUUCAUCAAGAAAAGGGGACAUUGCCGGAAUGCUUGCUGUUGAUGAUGAGCGAGCCGAAGCUGUCAAUGGAGGUCUCCAAAGAAACGUGGGUUUGCUCCACCGACUUCAUUCGGCUGGAUCCGGAGCGCCCAAGGAGGGCCGCCGCCAAAGCCGAUGCAGAGCCUCCAAUGGUGAAGAAGAGGGCCUUUGUGGAGAAGUCGAAGCCCCGAGUUCCUGAGCCGCCAAAGAGGAACAGCGACUCGCAGCCGGCGCGGUCGUCGUGCUCUCUGCGGGCCGACGGGAAGUGCGAGCUGCUGGAGCUGACUAGGUGCAAGUCGGAGCCGUCGUUUUAG